AUGGAAAAUGUGAUAGAUCAAGGGGAUAAAGCAGCGGAGGCUCUAGGGACUGCACUGGCCAAACUCAGAACAGAGAUGGACAAGCUGAAAACAGAAAAUGAUGCCUGUCAAGCAGAAAAGCAUCCCCAGGAGCUCAGACAACCAGAAAGGCGUCAGCGAGAGCCCAACUCUCAAACCAGAGACAGCCAGAUUCCGCAGCUGGAGCAGCCUUCGCUUUUCAAGAUGGAGAAGUGGUUCCCAGAGGACAAACCCCCCUGGGUGGGUGAAGGUGGUGGCGACUACCCCUUCCAGGACCAGCCCACCUAUUUCCAGAAGCAAUUUGGUUCAAUGCUGCAGCCUGGGGUCAACAAAUUCUCCCUUCGCAUGUUUGGCAGUCAUAAAGGUGUUGCUGCUGAACAGGCCAGAGUCAAGAGCUAUGGACUGUGGAUCAUUCACCCCUACAGUGAUUUCAGGUUUUACUGGGACAUUGUGAUGCUCCUGUUGAUGAUGAGUAAUCUGAUCAUUUUGCCCUGGGGAAUCACCUUCUUUGAGGACCAGAACACCACACCCUGGAUCACCUUUAACGUCCUGUCUGACACUCUCUUCCUCAUGGACCUGGUUUUCAACUUCCGUACAGGCAUCCCGGGAGAGGACAGCCACAUCGUCCUGGACCCUAAAGAGAUCCGCAUGAAUUAUCUCCGCACCUGGUUCCUGGUGGACUUUAUCUCCUCCAUCCCUGUUGACUACAUCUUUCUCAUCGUUGACUUGGAGUCCCGGCAUGAGUCAUCUGAUGUGUACCGCACUGCCCGUGCCCUCCGUAUUGUGCGGUUCACUAAGAUCCUCAGUCUGCUGCGUCUUCUCCGACUGUCUCGCCUCAUCCGUUACAUUCACCAGUGGGAAGAGAUUUUCCAUAUGACCUAUGACCUGGCCAGCGCUGUGGUGCGUAUAGUCAACUUGAUUGGCAUGAUGCUGCUAUUGUGUCACUGGGACGGCUGCCUGACCUUUAUGGUGCCUAUGCUACAGGACUUUCCUUCAGAUUGCUGGGUAUCUAAAAAUAAUAUGGUGAAUGCUACAUGGCACAUACAGUACUCAUAUGCCUUAUUUAUGGCAAUGAGUCACAUGUUAUGUAUAGGAUAUGGUGCCAACCCCCCAGAAGGCACGAGUGACGUUUGGCUCACCAUGGUCAGUAUGGUUGUAGGGGCCACGUGCUACGCCAUGUUCCUUGGCCAUGCAACUAACCUGGUCCAGUCCUUGGAUGCAUCACAUCGCCAGUAUCAAGAGAAGUAUAAACAAGUGGAGCAGUACAUGUCAUUCCAUAAACUGCCAGCGGAUGUGAGACAGAGGAUCCAUGAUUAUUAUGAACAGCGAUUCCAAGGCAAGAUGUUUGAUGAGGACAGCAUCCUUGGAGAGCUCAGUGAUCCACUCAAGGAGGAGAUUGUCAGCUACAACUGCCGUGGACUAGUAGCUAACAUGCCACUGUUCGCCAACACUGACCCUCAUUUUGUGACAGUGAUCCUCACCAAGCUGCGUUUUGAAGUCUUCCAACCUGGAGACUUCAUUAUACGAGAAGGAACCCUAGGUCGGAAAAUGUACUUCAUCCAGCAUGGCACUGUCACCGUCAUCCCACGUGGCAGUAAGGAGAUUAAGCUCAGCGAUGGAGCGUAUUUUGGCGAGAUCUGCUUGCUAACCCGGGGGCGGCGCACAGCCAGCGUGAGCGCAGACACCUACUGCCGCCUUUACUCUCUGAGUGUGGACAGUUUUAACGAGGUCCUGGAGGAGCACCCUCUGAUGAGGAGGGCCUUUGAGAGUGUGGCUGUGGACCGACUGGACCGGGUUGCUCACAGACCUGGUUAUCAGCCUCCCCCAGAAGUGUCACUUUAUAAAUACCAAAAGAGAGACACUCCUGCCAGAAAUGUUGAGGUUAUCUGUCACACUUUGACUGAUCUUGACCACACAGCAAAGAAAUCUUCAAUGUAAUUUUUACUGAAUUUUGUUGACAUUAGCCCUCAGUGAU